CAGUUCUUUCAAGGUGUUUACCAACUAGAGAGUGAGUAAUAAGUAAGAGAGAAAAAAGAUUACAAUGCUUUCAAUGAUAUCAUAGGCAUACAUACUAUAUAAACGUAUGUACUUACACUUACUUAUUUACUCAUCCUUUACGAAUGUUAGAUUUGGAAAUGUCAUCUGUGAAUAUCAAUGUUAUCUGUACGUUUUACCAUGUGUGAAUUUUUGAAUUUGAAAUUAUUGUUGCAUCUCCUUUGUACGAAUACAGUUGUGAAACAAUCACAGUUACAUUAAGAUUAAUUUCAUAACGAUUUCUUUUAUAACAAUUUUUGAGAGGUUAUUUAUCUUUCAAAUUAUAGUACGUCGUGAUUAACUUCCAUGGGAAGUUACAAAAAGAAAAAUGUGUAACGCGAUUGAAAUUAUUUCAAUAAGUUUACUUUUGUCUACAAGUUAACUUUCGUUUUUGUUUAUACAGAAAAUUGUUAAUAAAGAAAUAUCCACUAUCAAGUUAUAAAUUACAUUUGUCCGAAAUUACAUUUUUUUUUUAUCUUAAUUGUUAAGAAAACUUAAGUGUUAUACAUUCGAAUUAUCAAACUCUUUUUUUUUUUAUUCCUAUACAAUAUUGAUACAUUAUAUAGAACUUAAAUAUCCAAUUAGAUCAUGAAUGUAAUAAAAACACCGAUAGCAUUUAUUAUUUUUAUAUAAUGUUUUUUAAUUAACAUUAGUAUUGAUAAUCAAGUUUGAAUGUGUCUUAAUUACAUAAGUUAUAUAGUUAUACGGUAUAACUGUUAUAAAAAAAUGUAAAUAAUGAAAAUAAGAAUAUUUAUAGUUGUCACAUUUCUAUAUAUGUACAUUAAAUGUAAUAAAUACGUAUAUUAUUUACAUUUAUAAAGUAAAUUUUUAAUUAUGCUGUACUAAAUUUUUAAUUACAAUAUACAGAAAUAAUAUUUUGGAACAUUUCUUUUUAUGUAUAUACGUAAUUACGUACGUAAUUUGUAAUUAAUGUUGCGCACGUAAUAUAUGCAAACGUUAAUGUUUUAUACAAAAUUACACACAUAGAAAUUAAAUACGUACUGCAUCUGUGAAAAAAUCAGAUAGUACAGUUUAAAUCUUUCAUAUUAGAACACGAUUUUCAUAUAUCUUUCUUUUUUAAAAGAUGGUUCGUUAGCGCGGUAACGCCUCUUCACCGGUAAUGUUCCGAUCAUCGACCAUUCACUGAUGGUUCGACUACACAUCGAGAUUUCAAAUGUUGUUCCCUACAACAUUGGCGGCAUGUUGCGUUUAACGUGCUUGUGUAUUAAAAGUGGCACACAGUAUGUAUAAUAUAUUUCAAUUCUCAAAUAAUAUAACAUUACAAUUUGAGGGCUCUACGAAAAAUGGCUGAUCGCUGAAUUUGUUGAAUGUAUGUGUAUUAAUAUAAGGGGGAAAUUGUGUAAAAGAUAUAAAUAACCUAACAUAAUAUCGAUUUGUGUAAAACGCGCGUAAAUAUGCCGCGUACUAAAUCAUUGCCGAAAAAAUGUAUCAAAACAACAAAUUCACAUCCAGGCACAAACACAUGGGUUUUUCUAAUGAAAGGUGAUAAUUUAAAUAAUACAGAUGAUGAUGUACCUGAUGUUAUUAAAUUAAGACAUCCAGCUACAAAUCAACCUGCAAUGUUUGUAUUUAGUCCGGGCAAUGUAACGGUACAAGAAGUUUUGACAUUUGAUGAAAAUAAAAGAUCAUGGUUCAUAGAUGAUAAUGUAAAAUCUGAUGGAAAGUUACAUUUAUCUACUCCUAUUGAUCCAAUAUUUUUAAUAUUACCUUAUUUAAGAAAGUCACAACAAGCACAACCAUUAGAGCAAUGCCUUUGGGAUGAAGAUUUUCCAGAGAUGACCCGUCUUACUCAGUGUCAGAAUUUAAAAUUAACUCUAGUUGCUGAACGUAAAGGAGAUGAAUCGUUACAAGCUUAUAAAUUUAAUGAAGAAAAGGCAUUGAUCUGGUUGCAUAAGAAAGUAGAAAGAGUAGUUGAAGUACUAAAACAAAAGGGUAUUCAUGUAUCACAAGGUGCUAUCAGUGCCACUUAUGUUAAAAGUACUAUGCUUGAAACUGUCUCAGAAAUAGAAUAUUUAAAAUAUGCACAUGGCAUUGUAUCAGAAUAUCUUCAAGAAGAUAUAUCAAAAAAAUUAGCACAACAUUUAAACCUACCAGAUGAAACAGAAAAUAAAAAACGAAAAUUAAGUAAUAAUCCAGAGGAUACUGUUGUAGAAAAGAAAUCUAAAAAAGAGACACCUGAAAAAGAAUCAGUAUUAAAACCAAAAACACCCGAGUCAAUUAAAGAAAAGAAAGCUACAGUUAGUAAAAAGGAAUUAGCCAGACAAAAAGCAGCAGCUGGGUCUAAGAGCAUUACUAGCUUCUUUAAGAAAAAAUAAGUUUUAGGUAAUUUAAAAGAAGUCUAACUAUAUAAAAACUUUUGAAAUAUUAAAUAUUGCAAUACGUAACAUUCAAGUUUUAGCACUGUUAUUCAAAAUUAGGUUUGACAAGACAAAUACCUUUAAAGAUAUUUUAAACAGUUGUUGUAAUUUCUCUACACUUAAAAACAGAAUAUUUAAGUACUUAUAAUUUUAGAUAUAUGUAUGUAAAAUAGAUUGCAAAACAUUAAAAUUUAAAAAAAAAUGGUUUCAACAAAAGAAAAAGUAUCGACUUUGUUCAUAGUACGUUAAUUUUAUAACUUUUAAAGCAUUAGAUAAAAUUCACGAAUCAUGAUUAAGAUUUUUAUUUGAGUUUUUAAAUCGGUAUUUAAUAUUGUAUAACUAAAAAAUCCAAUUAUAUAAUGUUAUUCAAUACUCAUCAAUUUGUAUUAUUAAAUGUUUCUACAUGUAAUUCUGAAAACUAAUCUAAUAGU